AUGGAUAUCGCAGAUAAAUUUAAUAAUGCACCUUUAAAUAAAGAAUCAAAAAUUACACAUCCAAAAUCAUCUUCAAAUAAAUUAAAGAAAAAACAACAAUUUGACACAAGUAUAGGUAAAAAUGAUAUAGUUAGCAGCAGAGAACAAAAGCAACAAAUUUUAGAACAAAUGGAAAAAAAUUUUAAAAAUAUAAAAAUUAGUAAUAAUAGUUAUGAUGAAGACGACGAAUUUAAUGAGGAGGAUAAACAAGUAGGAGGUGAAAUAUUGGAAAAAGAUUCAACAAAUAUUUUCGUGAAGCAUUUACCCAAUGAUUUCACCGAUGAAGAUUUAGCAAAACUAUUUUCAGCAUAUGGAAAUGUAAUCAGUUCAAAAGUUAUGAUUGACCCAAAGGGAAAUUCAUAUGGAUAUGGAUUUGUAAGAUUUUCAAACCCAAAUGAAUCACAAGCAGCAAUAAAAGAAUUGGAUGGAUUUCAAUUUCAAAAUAAAAAAUUACUAUGCAGACUUUCAAAUUUAUACACAAAUUUAAAUAGUAAAAAUCCAUCAAAUAAUUUAUUUAUUAAACCAUUACCAGCCGAUGUAACCGAUGAACAAUUAAGAAAAUUGUUUGAACCUUAUGGUAAAAUAGUAGAGUGCAAAGUAAUGUUGGAUCAAAAUGGACAAAGCAAAUUUGCAGGUUUUGUUAGGUUUUUUAAUGACUCAGAGGCAGCCAGUGCCAUAGAUGCCAUGAACGGAAUUAAAAUUACUAAGGAUUCAUAUCCAUUGGUUGUAAAAUAUGCAGAUACCGAACAACAAAAAGUAGUUAGAAAGCAAAGAAAAUUACAAACUAUUUUUCAAGAAAAAAUUAUUACCCCUCCUAUAUUCCCACAACAUUUUUUACAACAAACUCCCACCCAACCACAACCAAUAAUCGACAGAAAUGAUAGCAUUAACCAUCAAAAUCCAGGAUACUAUAACUAUAUGGACUAUGUUUACCUUCCAUACCACCCAGACUAUUCAAAUCCAGCACAAUAUUAUUCCCAACCAAUCCAGAUUUAUCAUCAUCCACACCAGGGUACACCAGUCUAUUCAAUUUUUCCAAACAGCUAUCCGAAUAAUUAUUACAUCCAGCAACCCGAAAUUCACACCCAUAUCCAACCACAUACAUCUAAUUCGAAUAUUAGCUCACCUGUAAUACCAACAAUUCAAUAUAAUACACAAAAUACCAAUACCAAUAACACAAAACUGAAGGGAAGUGGAGGAAUACCAAAUUCAUCCACAAAAAAGAAAAAAAAGAAAAUCCACCAACACCAAGCCAGCAACUCUACCCAGAUAUCAGUCAUAUCAGAUGUUGCCACACCUUUAAAUAUAUCAUCAUCAAGUAUUGCAUCCACAAAUGAAUCAAGUACUAAUUCACCAUCAUCACCAUCCAGUAUCGCAUCAACUAAUGAGUCAAAUACAAAUUCACCUCCUUAUACAAGUAGUCUAUCAAUAAACAGUCCCCAAUCCAAAAACUCCACCACUACCACAACCACAAAAGUUAUACCCAAUGAUACAAAUUUAUUUGUUUUCCACUUACCACCAUUUAUCGAUGAUGCAUAUUUAUUUCAGCUUUUUUCGCAAUAUGGUAAAUUACAAUCUGUUAGAGUUAUUACAGAUAAGGAUACUGGUGAAAAUAAAGGUUAUGGGUUUGUUAAGUUUUAUAAUAGGGAAGAUGCCUUCAAGUGCCAAAAAGAGAUGAAUGGUUUUAGAAUUGGUUCAAAAUAUCUUAAAGUUAAAUUAAAAAAUCCUACAACAAUAGAAAAAGAAAUAGCUUUAUUUGAAAGUAAUAACAGUAGUAAUAAUAGUUUAAAAAAUAGUAGUGGUGUUAAAAAAAAUAGUAAAAGUAACAAUACCAUUAUAACAGAUUAA